AUUCGCAGAAUUCGUUUCACUGUGAUCUAAGCCUUGGUGGGUCCCAGUCGUCGUAAUAUACCAAUAUUGGAAUAAAAACCGACUGGAUUUGAGUCUAAAAGUACUGGGUGUAUUGAAUGUUUGCGACCUAACAGUAAAUAAUAUCACGAAAGUGAAUUCCUAAGUCAAGAGAAAGCUGACUAUCUAAAUGGCCAUGUUUAGAAUGAUCUGGCGACAAAGAAGUGCAGUCCUACUGGUGGGAGGUAUUGUGAUAUUACUACAUACCACAGACUUAGGGUCACACCUGUUACCUUACACAAAAUUAUUACAGUCCAAGCGGUCGAUAGAAGUGAUUAAUCAACCCCUUCUACAAAUGUUUUUUCAGCAGAUAGAGAAGAACACACAACCAGAUCCGUGGUAUGUAACCGAUUUCUCAUUAACCGAACCUAACUGGAAGACUUCAAAAUGGAACGAAAGUCAGUCAUCUUACAUUUUGAGGGAGCAUGAUGGUUGGCUUGACAUGUGGCAGCAAAUUUCAAAUCAGUUACUAGUUUACUCGGCCUACUGGGAUAACCGAAACUGGGUGCAGGAUGCACCUGUUGUCCGUAUUUUUGCAUCCAGUAUACGAAAAUCUGGCUGGCCAGAUGAACUCGUUCCGGAGUUAUUGACAGCAAAGUGCCUGAUGAGGUAUGGCCGGAAUGAACUCGGUAACAUUGUUGUACGGAUAGUCAAUGCCACAUAUGCUAAACUAACUAAAGAAAACUGGAGUGAGCUUGGUUAUGAAUUCAAAUGCAAGGAUCCACUAGGAGGGAAUGAAAGUCCAUCAGAUGUCGCUCUGAGAACAAAUAAGUCAGGAGAAUCCCAGCAACAUAUGUGGAUCAAGGUGCAUCAUUUUCGAGCAUCUGUUACUCAGACAUUGGACAAACCUACUAUAGGGUUAUGUGCAAAACCUCUAUCAUCAGAUUUAUCUAAGAUACCGAAUGUUGCUUGGCAAAUUGCCGAUUUCAUUGCUUAUUAUAAAGUCUUAGGAGUUUCAAAGUUUACAUUUUACGAUGACGGCGCACCAACCGCUGUCAAACGAAUAAUUUACGACCUAUCACACGAAGGUGUACACGUACAGCUUCUGCCAUGGAAUGUAAAUUGGAAAGAAAUCAGGUUAGCCUGGGGUAUUUAUCCUGACAACUUCGUUACUAGUGCCCAGGACUGUUUUUACAGGAAUAUGUACAAACAAGAUUACACUUUGGUAGUGGGAGUGGACCAGUUUGUAGUUCCUCGGACUAACUCUUCUCUCAGAAAUAUGAUCGUAGAUCUCUCUCGAGCAGUUGAUGAUUAUUUUGCUGAUUUUCGAUUUGCCAAUGCUUUGUUUUGUACAAACUACCCAAGCAAGACUGUCCAAGAGCUUCCGUUCCCCUUGUUGUCGCAACAAAAGGUCUACAGACGACAAAUAUCUGAUGGUUAUCGAGGGGCCCAGUACAUGGGCAGGACCGAAGCUGUGGAGUGGGCAGGCAUAAACGCUGUCGGAAAAAGAAAGAUUCUUACUCCGGUGAAGUGGGUGGCGAAAAAUGUUGCCUUUGUACAUCAAUAUGCGGCAUCACAACCACCUUCUUUCCAGUGUGGAGAUUUCAACGAAGACCAAAGUGGCGGAUUUGUGGUAGAAGACACCCAGAUCCCGGUGGUGUAUGGUCCUAACGUAACUAAUUUAAUAAGACAAUGGAAAAAAUAUCUAAAUUCCUAGAUACACUUUAUUAGGUAACAUAAUAAAGUUUUAAACGUGAAAGUUUGCUUAAAAACAACAACUGCCAUCAUCUAGCAAGAAGUAAUUAUCACGUGUUGUUUUGGUGUCUCUUAACCCUAGAAUUACCGAUGGGAUUCUUCCUCCAAAUGCUUAUUAAACACAUUUUCUGAACUA